CGGACCGGAAGUGUGGCGUUGCCAUGGCGAGGGCCGAGCGCCGGGCCCGCCCCCAUGGUGGCUGUGGCAGCGGCCGUGCUGACGGACAGACGGACACACUGCACGAGUUGAGGUCAGGCCAGGCGAGGGCGCGGUAUGUUAGAGUGACCUGGGGAAGAGGCCUGAGCAGGAGAAGCUAUCAGGACCCAGAGCGGAAGUAGAGCCAGGGGGAGAGGAGCUGAGAUGAAGAACCUGAGACUUUGAGAAGGCCUGUGGGAGCCACCUGCCUGUCUUUCUGCGUGAGUGGGGUGGCAGGGCAGCGAAAGGCAGUGUGUGCUCAGCCACACUAUACUGGGGAGGAGCUAAGAUACUUCGCUAGCACUGAACUGCCUGCCUGUCUGCCCGUCUACCUGUCUGCCCACCCUCCCCUGCAUUUGGGUUGGAGAGGCCCACUCCUCUGCUGGACAUGAGCCACACAACUUGUGCAAAUCAAAUUACUACGAAGAAGGAAACCAGCUGGCAGGCCUAACUCCAAUAAGGCCUUGACGGAGCAGGCACUGGUCUUGAGCCUUGGGAAGGAGAGGAUUGGAAAGGGGAAGCUGCUAGAGCUUGGCAGAGAAAGACGUCAUCAGCAUACCAUCCUGACAAUGUCCUUCCCUUCCUCCAUUGAUAGCUGAUCUCCUGUUCCCUCCCUUUGGGGAGGAGCUGUCCCACUGGCACUACAUCAGUUUAUGAUGGUAAUGGGGGCUAUAAACUGACACUGGAAAGAGCUCAACAUUCUGACUAAGCCCGGAGUGGGAGAAGGAAAAAGGAGUGGAACGUUGGAGAGGGUCUGAUGAUGGGGAGCUCUCUGGUUGGACCUGCUGAUUCUCUGACUUGGAAGGAGGAGGUCAGGGCUGCUGCCAGGAUCCUUGGAGGGACCAUUACUUUCUGGUGAUUGUUCUCCCUUCCCCUGCCCUUCAGUGGCCUGGGAAGCUGGAGCCUCCUUAUCAGGGUAAUUAGUGGCAGACCCUGGACUGAGACUGGCCUCCGUCUCAAUGACUGCUUCCCUGCUGAGUGGAUCCUGCCUGCUGUGUACCACACAUACCAGCUGUGCACCCUGACCCUGUGGGGGGGAGGUGACGAGAGAAAGGAACAAGGACGGGGGUAGGCCUAGAUCUUCAGUGCCUUGGGCACUGAACUGAAUUGGUACAGUGACAGCCCAGAGAAUCCAGGGCACUGAGGGGAUUUCCUGCCCAACCUUUCCUUCUGUCUUUUCUCCAGCUGUCACAGGGAGAAAUACUUGGGCCCCAAUCUCUGGACACUGGUCUAGGGCUUCAGGAACUAGAACUAGGGAGGUUUGGUGGUGGGUGGGGCAGAUAGUGACCAGUUCCCAGGCUAGGAUUGAGUCACUUGGAUAUACACUUGCCUGGAUCCCAGCCUUCCCCACAGACUUGUCUAGGUAGCACAAUUGAGAGCCAAGCUCAAGGCUAUGGAGCAGUUUCCUGCCGUUGGGGCCAAAGGCUCAGACUAUGGAGUAGCUAAUUGAUCAACAGCUAUAGUGGGAUCCCAAGGAGAAGUCGGUGCUGGGCAGGGGAUGCCCCCGGAGGGCUUGGAUCAGGCCACCAGCCUCAUCCCUUGGGUCCAGGCCCAGACUAGCCUGUUCCCUUCCCUCCCUUACUUUGAUUUAUCCCACCCUUCCUGGAAGCAGCCCUGCACCAUGGCUGAGCAUCUCGAGCUUCUGGCAGAGAUGCCCAUGGUGGGCAGGAUGGGCACCCAAGAACGGCUUAAGCAUGCCCAGAAGAGGCGGGCCCAACAACUGAAGAAGUGGGCCCAGGCUGAGAAGGAGGCCCAGAGCAAGAAGGGCCGUGUAGAAAAGAAGUCUAAAACUACUGCUGGAAGCAAGGAGAAACGAGUACUCUUCCCCCCAAGUAUCACUUUGCUGGAAGCAGCUGCACGCAAUGACCUAGAAGAAGUUCGACAGUUCCUUCAGAAUGGUGUGAGCCCCAAUUUGUGCAACGAGGAUGGCCUUACUGCCCUGCACCAGUGCUGCAUUGAUGACUACGGGGAGAUGGUACAGCAGCUUCUCGAGGCCGGGGCUGAUGUGAAUGCCUGUGACAGCGAACUUUGGACUCCCCUGCAUGCUGCUGCCACUUGUGGCCACCUCCACCUCGUGGAGCUGCUUAUUUCCAAUGGUGCCAACCUGCUGGCCAUCAACACGGAUGGGAACAUGCCUUAUGACCUGUGUGAGGAUGAGUUGACUUUGGACUCCAUUGAGACAGCUAUGGCUGAGCAAGGCAUCACUCAGGAGAGUAUCGAGGAGGCACGGGGAGUGCCUGAGCUACACAUGGUGGAAGAUAUCCGGAGCCUUCUCCAGGCUGGGGCUGACAUCAAUGCUCCCCAGGAUCAUGGGGCCACACUGUUGCACAUUGCUUCAGCCAAUGGCUACCUGGAGGCCGCUGAGCUGUUGCUGGAGCACAAGGCCAACUUGAGCGCCAAGGACCAAGAUGGUUGGGAGCCACUGCAUGCAGCAGCCUGCUGGGGCCAGGUGCAUCUGGUGGAGCUGCUGGUGGCCCAUGGAGCUGAUCUGAAUGGGAAGUCACUGCUGGAUGAGACGCCCCUGGAUGUGUGUGGGGAUGAAGAGGUGCGGGCCAAGCUGCUCGAGCUUAAGCACAAGCAUGAAGCUAUCAUGCGCUCCCACGACCGCCACCGGGGCUCGGGCUCCCUGCUCCAGAGACGAACCUCCAGUGCAGGCAGCCGCGGGAAGGUUGUACGUAGAGUGAGCUUGACAGAGCGUACCCACCUGUACCGCAAAGAGCAUGCACGUGAGGCCAUUGUGUGGCAACAGCAGCCCUCCACUGCCACUGAACCCCCAGAAGAGGAUGAGGAUAAGCAGACAGAUGCUGAGCUCCAGCCACAGGCUGUGGAGACAGACCUUGAGGCCCUGAGACAUCGAAAUGGCAGUGCAGGGGUGGCCCCAGGCCCCCCUAGCAGACACCUGUACUCCAAGAGGCUGGACAGAAGUGUCUCCUACCAGCUGGCCACACAGGAGCCACCUGUGCCUGGACCCCUCACUCGGGACAAGGCACACCAUACACUGGCUGAUCUCAAGCGUCAGCGGGCUGCUGCCAAGCUUCAACGUCCUGUGGCUGAGGACCUUGGGGGCUCAGGGGCUGAGGGACUACCGUGUGCUGAAGCCCAGCACGCUGGACUCCCUCCAACAGCAGUAUACUACACCUCAGCAAGUGGGGACCCUCCCCUGCUGAAGCUUACUGCCCCUGCUGAGGAGGCCCCUGCUGAGAAGCGGCCCUGCUGUGGGAUCAUGUGAGAGGGACAGGAGUCAGAGGGUCUUAGAGGCCAGGUGGCCUGCUUCCUCUCUCUCCCUCGUCUAGCUCCCAGGGAAAAGGAAGGGAGCUGCCCCCCAGCCCACGUACACACAUACACACCUCCAGUGGGAGUCUGAGGCACUCGUCUUAAGCACAGGGGAACAUCGGGCCCCCAGCCUAGGCAAUGGCCUGACUCAAUUCAGCCCAGCCCAGCCCAGCCCACUCUUUCCUCUCACUUGACAGUGGUAGGGCUUCUGGCAAUGAGUGAGACUCGCAGAGGAGGGGAGCUGGAGACCCCAACCUGCAGUUAGCCUUAUGUCUCCUGGGCCUGAAGGUCCUAUUGUUAAGCCACUUCACCUCCCCACCUUUGCAUCCUGGACUAGGGGUGGGCUGAGGCCCAGUUUAUCUCCUCAUGCCUGCCCUGGGGGAGCCUCUCUCCUCAGGUUCACCUUUGCCUUAUCCUUGCCAACCCUCUUCCUGGCAGCUUUAGAACAGAGCAUCCGGGGGUGGGGGGGGGAGUGGCUUUAGAGCCUUGGGAGGAGAAGCCCUCGCCUAGGCUCCUGUCUCAGGUUCAGACCCCUUUGGGGGCAAAUGCCCUGGGUUUGGGGCAAGGGAAUGGGGGCAUCCAUAUAUUUUUAUUCUGUGAAACUUGAUAAAAGAAUU